AUGCGUUGCUUCUCCACUGCAGCACAUGAGAGGGACGUCAUCAUACAACUGCCCACUGAGGUGCUUUUCCGGGUGGAUCCGCAGCCUGGUGGUCCUCCCCAAGCUUGCGCUCCAGUAGAGACGCCAGCGCGUGUGCGGAAAACCAGCGAUGCUGGAGGGGGAAAUCAACGGAAUAGCACUAAAAAUCGAAGGGGCAACCCCAAAAGGGACUUCUCUGAAGGUCACUUAGAGGACACUGCAGCAGGUGAAGCGAUGGGAGUCAAGGCCGCUGAAGAUGACAAAGAAGCUUCCACGCUUUUAGUGUGUCAUUUGCCCCCGGCUGAACUCUUGUGGGACGUGAUCUUCGCUGAAGGAAGCAACGCAUGCACGCCUUCUGAGGAUGGGAGCAGAAACUCAGCAACAGCGAGACGGCGCUCGCAAGAGUCACAGGAAAAUAUCAGAGCCUGCGCAACGUACGCAGGUUUAACAGCAGAAGCAGUUGAAGCUGCUGUAUGCUCGUUUGGAGGACCAAACCACGUUUUGUGGCUAGGCGAGAGGUUGAGCAAGCAAGCGGAUGGAACGGACACCCUGCUGGCCGCAGCUGGCAUUUUCGAUGCCACAACAGUCAUGAUGGAAAGUCUUCUGCAAACCAAAGAGUACAAAAGAACUCCACAUGAUGAGCGAUCCACCAUAAUUGAGUUUAAAGCGAGCCAGUGCAGUUGUUGGCUGCUCCGCGUAGCCGUCUUGUACUUGAAAAUAGCUUUACCUCCGGAGUUGAUGCCUUUGGGUACGGAGCACCAAGCCAGGAUCUCGUAA